AUGGCCUCAGACCACCAGACGCAGGCGGGCAAGCCCCAGCCCCUCAACCCCAAGAUCAUCAUCUUUGAGCAGGAGAACUUCCAGGGUCACUCCCAUGAGCUCAGCGGGCCCUGCCCCAACCUGAAGGAGACUGGCAUGGAGAAGGCGGGCUCUGUCCUGGUGCAGGCUGGACCCUGGGUGGGCUAUGAGCAGGCCAAUUGCAAGGGUGAGCAGUUUGUGUUUGAGAAGGGUGAAUACCCACGCUGGGACUCCUGGACCAGCAGCCGGAGGACAGACUCCCUGAGCUCUCUGAGGCCCAUCAAAGUGGACAGCCAAGAGCACAAGAUCAUCCUGUAUGAGAACCCCAAUUUUACCGGUAAGAAGAUGGAGAUCGUAGAUGACGAUGUGCCCAGCUUCCACGCCCACGGGUACCAGGAGAAGGUGUCUUCCGUGCGGGUGCAGAGCGGCACGUGGGUCGGGUACCAGUACCCCGGCUACCGUGGCCUGCAGUACCUGCUGGAGAAGGGGGACUACAAGGACAACAGUGACUUCGGGGCCCCUCACCCCCAGGUGCAGUCUGUGCGCCGCAUCCGUGACAUGCAGUGGCACCAGCGAGGCACCUUCCACCCCUCCAGCUAGAGCCCCGACCUUCCCCUCCCCAGGGGCCAGGCCCACCACCCCGGGGCCU